AAUGUUUGCUUAUAUACACAAAUAGAAUUAUGGAAGUUUAUAAUAUGAAUAUAUAGUCUGCCAGCGCAAAGGUACCAAAGAUUCAAUGAUACAAAUUUAAAACUUCACAAUUUAGAUUAAACAGACAGAACAAAACUCAUUAUCACUUGUAUCGUAAAUUAGUAGUAGGAGAUAGUUUAUUCAGCAUUACUAAAAAUCUACCUAGCAAAAAUUAUUUUAAAUAACUUCAAUUUGUGUACACUUUUAUAAGUGUUAAUCAAUUUGA